AUGGAAAACCUUGGUUCUCAAAGCGCUGGAGUCCCACUGCAAGAGCUGCCAUCCAGGCUUGUGAUUUUGCGGAACUUGCCACUGCUCUUGACCAGCGUUGCGGUUCUGCUCCUUGUUAAGCUUGCUGCCACGGCGGUUUACAAUGUCUAUUUCCAUCCUUUGAGCAAAUACCCCGGUCCGAAGUAUGCUACCAUGAGCACGAUUACCUGGUGGCUCAUCGGCUACACCGGACGCAUCGAGGGGUGGACGCGCAGGCAGCACGAGAAAUACGGCGAGGUGGUCCGUCUCGGGCCUGACCGGCUCAGCUACACCUCCCCACAGGCGCUGAAGGACAUCUACGGACACCGGUCAGGUGGGCGGCAGGAAAACGGCAAGGACAAGCGCUUCUACAACCGGGACAUCAACAACGAGUGCCAUGUGCUCAACACCGAGGACGUGAAGGAGCACGGCGCUCUGCGGCGCAUCUUCUCCAACGCCUUCAGCGACCGCGCGCUGAAGCUGCAGGAGCCGCUGAUCAAGCGGUACGUCGACCAGCUGGUGAACCUGAUGCACAGGACAGCCAAGGAAAACGGGGACGCGAAGCUCGACAUGGUCAAACUCUACAACUGCACGACGUUCGACAUCAUGGGUGACCUCACGUUCGGCGAGCCGCUGGGCCUUCUCGAACAGUCCGAGUACACGCCGUGGGUCAAGGCCGUUUUCGGCAGCAUCAAGGCACAGCACCUGGCGCGCAUCAUGAUGGAGUACCCGGUGCUCGGCAAGCUCGCCGUGCUGUUCACACCCAAGGGCCUCGACGAGCAGGUGCGGCUGCACUUCCAGCACGCGGCGGACCGCGUGGACCGGCGGUUGGCCAAGAGCGACGACGGCAAGCCCGACAUCUGGGGCCUGGUGCUGGACAAGGGCAAGGACCUCAUCAGCCUGGGCCAGAUGCACGCCAACUCGUCGCUGUUCAUGAUCGCCGGCACCGAGACGACCGCCACGCUGCUCAGCGGCCUCACGUGGUACUUGCUCAAGAAUCCGGAUAAGUUGAAGAAGGUCGUUGAGGAGGUGCGGUCGCGCUCCGAGGAAGACCUCUCGCUCGAGGAACUGCCGCGGCUGCCAUACCUCAACGCCUGCUUCGAGGAGGGUCUGAGAGUGUACCCGCCGGUGCCAAUCGGACUGCCGCGUGAGACACCUGAGGGCGGCAACAUGAUCUGCGGCGAGUGGGUGCCGGGGAAGACGAGGGUUUCGCUCCACAACUGGUCGGCCUACCGGUCGGAGAAGAACUUCAAGGAUCCGGACUCGUUCGUGCCGGAGCGCUGGUUGCCUAACACGGGAUAUGACAGCGACCGCAAGGAAGUGCUGCAGCCCUUCUCUUUUGGCCCGCGCAAUUGUUUGGGCAAGAACUUGGCGUACCAUGAGAUGCGCAUCAUCAUGGCUAAAGUGCUCUGGCACUUCGAUUUGGAGCUCUGCCCCGAGAGCGCGAGCUGGGCGGACCAGGAGGCAUACAGCCUGUGGCAAAAGCCCGAGCUUUGGUGCAGGGCCAAGCCUAUCCCGAUUGCGACUGCGCGCAAAACCAAAUCAUUGCUUGCUGCCUACCACACCCCACGCCCCAGUGAACUACCAAGCCCGCACCUCCAAGCUCCUGCAUACAUCGUGUAUCGCCACCUCCGCAGCCUCCUAUCGCUCGCCAUCAUAGGCCGCAAGCACAAGCCGCAUCGCCAGCAAGCCCCGAAGGGCAAGCAGGCCAAGGACAAGAAUCCGAACCGUGGGAAGCCCGGACGAGGCUGGAAAAUGGGACAAGACGAAAGCAGCAUCGUGGACGAGAGCAUCGCGCCCUCCACCCUCGACUCCCGCUCUCUCGAUGGCGUCGCAAAGUACAUCCGCGAGGGUCGGGCAAAGCGCGUCGUCUUCAUGGUGGGCGCCGGUAUAAGCACAUCGGCAGGCAUUCCCGACUUCCGCAGCCCAGACACUGGCCUGUACGCCAAUCUCGCCCGCUUAGACCUGCCCUACGCCGAGGCCGUCUUCGACAUCUCGUACUUCAACAAAAACCCGAUGCCCUUCUACACUCUGGCCCACGAACUGUACCCCGGCAAAUAUCGCCCGACAAUCACCCACGCCUUCAUGCGUCUGCUGUACGACAAGGGUAUCCUCCUGAAGGUUUUCACGCAAAACAUCGACUGCCUGGAGCGCGAGGCUGGCCUGCCCGGCGAAGCCAUCGUCGAGGCCCACGGCAGCUUCGCCGAGCAGGCCUGCAUCGAAUGCGGCGCUCCCUUUCCGGACGAUGAGAUGAAGGAGUUCAUCCGCUGCAUGGAGCCGCCGCACUGCAAGCAAGAGUUCUGCGAGGGCCUCGUAAAGCCCAAGAUCGUCUUCUUCGGCGAGCCGCUGCCCGCGGCCUUCUUCGAAAACCGCGAAUUGCCUGCUGCAGCUGACCUUGCCAUCAUCAUGGGCACCAGCCUCACCGUUCAGCCUUUCGCCAGCUUGCCGAACUUUGUCAGUCAUGGCUGUCCGAGGCUGCUCAUCAACAAGGAGCAGGUCGGCUCGAUCGGCUCGCGUGGUGAUGACGUGAUGCUGCUUGAGGACUGUGACGCCGGCGUGCGCAAGCUGGCUGAAGCCUGCGGAUGGCUUGAAGAACUGGAGGCGCUGUGGGCCAAAUUUGCGCCGAAAGCCGCGGCCGAUCUCGGCAAAGAGCCGCCCAAGACCAAGGAAGAGGCGGUCGAGGAAGAGGUUGCCAGGCUCAGUCAAGAGGUUGACCAUACACUCAAGCUGGCCGAGAAUCAGCACAAGUGGCUGGAAAAUCAUAUCGAGACGAAGGCCCAGACUCACGCUAGCCCGCAACCUGAAAAGACGCUUUCUGCCGAGCCUGACAUGGGUAACGUCACGGACAAUGGCGAAAGCAAAGCCGAAGCUCCAGAAGACAUCAAGCCAGACGCCACACCCAAAGUCUCACUCCAUGAGCGUAAUGGCAGUUUGGCUCACGUGUUUCCGCACAUAUCGAAUAAGCCCUCCUUGUAG